AUGUGCUUUGCUACCAUUAAGAAAGGUUUCCUAGCAGGGUGUAGAACUUUCUUUGGAAUUGAUGGAUGCUUUCUGAAAGGCCCAUUUGGAGAGACCAUAGAUGGGAGUGGUUACACUAUCAUGUCAGAUCAGCAAAAGGGACUUUUAAAAGCUAUUUCAAUUAUUUGGCCCAAGGCUGAAACAAGAUGUUGUGCCAGACAUGUAUAUUGUAACCUUAGACAGAUCUUUGGUGGUGCUUUAUUGAACAGAAGAAGAAUUUGGAAAGUAGCUAAGAGCAUUACACAAAUUGAAUUUAAAGCUAACAUGGAAUUGUUCUCAUCUAUAUCUAUAGAAGCAGAGCAAGAUUUAAUGAAAAGAAAUUAUAAAAAGUGGGUUAGGGCAUUUCUUUCUCGUCAAUCCCAAUGUGAUAGCAUAGACAACAAUAUGAAUGAGCGAGAUAUCAGAGAGGGUUUAAUGGAAAGGUUACAUAAGAAGAGGGAUUUCAUAGCUAACAAAGACAUUGGUAUAUGUCCUAGAAUUCAACAAAAGUUAGAGAAGGCAAAGGUCGAUGCUCGGGGAUGGUCUGCUUUUUGGGAUUGUCACUUCUCUUAUGGGGUUAGAGAAGGAGCAACCCAAGCAAGAUUUGUGGUAAGCUUGCUAAAGAGGACAUGUAGUUGCAACGCAUGGCAGCUAAGUGAUGUGCCUUGCCAUCAUGUUGUAGCAGCCAUUUGGAAGGUCAUCGAACAUCCGGAACACUAUGUAGCUGAAUGCUUCACAAAGUGGCCAACAUCAAAUUAUCCCCCCAUUGAGGCAUAUGUUGUUAAGAAACUUCAACAUAGGCCAACUGUUGAGAGGAAGUCUUCUAUUGGAGAGGUUGACAUAAUGAAGGCAUCAAAGAAAGGGCUUGUUUAG